UGAACAAGGCAGUUAACCCACUGUUCCUAAGCCGUCAUUGAAAAUAAGAAUUUGAUCUUAAUUAACUGACUUGCCUAGUUAAAUAAAGGUUUAGAAAAAAGGACAAAAGAAAACCUGUAAUAACAUCCAUAAAUCCUAUUUCUGUUUGGUCAGGAGACACUAAGAUCACUAUCUAUGGACACACUCAGCAGUCACUGGCUAUGGCGUUGGUAAUGCUUACGGCUUUCUUCGAAGUGUUUUCGCUCCGGGUAUUUGGUGAUAUGUCCUGCAGCUGUCCAAGCAGACCGUUGCUCCGGAGUCACUGCCUGGAGCGACUUGAAGUCGCAGGUGUUUUGCAAAUGACAGUCAAAAUGUCUCUUCUCUGCUCUUUCCCAAAACUUACUGUCAAUCUCUACUCGACACCACGUUUCUCGUAGCAUGUUUAAUUCGAACAGGGCACCCUCUUUAUAUUUUGACAUGUUUGAUAGGCUUUACAACACCACAAUAGCAAGCAGCAGCCAAAUGACGUGGGCGUAAUGAGCGCGUUGUUGUCUUUAGCCGCGCCGCGGUUUCCAUGGAUCUGGAAACCUGAGAAUUUCGCGCAACAAUGCAAACUGUGACUACGUGGAAGUGUAGUGAUGUAGGCCUACGUGUGCCAGUGCAUCUUGAAACGUAUUUAAUCGUUGUAAAUCUGAGGACGAAUUGAAGAUCCGCAUUUUCAAAAACAUAAUGAAUAAAAGUGUAAAUUCACCUCCCAUCUACAAAUGUAAGGUCUACAAUUAGCAGAGAACAUUGAUUUGUUAGGUCUAUGUCAUUGAGGUGGAUGAUUUUAUUACACAUUUUAUGCAUAGAUUGUCUCAAUCGUUAGUUUUUUCAGUGCGAGUAUCCUACUGUACAGUAUAUGCUAGGCAGGUAUAUUAGGUUAACCUAAGAUUAGGAUUAGGGAGAGAUAAUGAGACCAUGUGUCACUAAUGAACACAUACACCUUUGAACAACCUCAAUUAUAUUAAGGAAAUUAUCCAGUUUAUUUGAAUGCAUAAAGAGGCCGGUGAGCACUUCUUCCAAUCACAUGUCCCGGACUGGGUGGGGAUAAUAACCGCCAUAGCCUUCCAAAUCAGGUAUUUUGAUUGGUCGGAGUCAUCAUACGAAGGCCUCUAUAUUUGAGUUGUCUGAUGUAAAUGCGCCCUGCCUUACAGUACUCUCCACUCCCAUGCACUGAACAAAAGCGGCACGGGCAUACUAGGCUACAGCAGGACUAUGCGAAAGAAGGCGUUUAUGAGAGCGAAUACAGAUAGAUAGCCUACAAUAUUUUAGAAUGACUUAUUCAUAAAACGGUGUGAAUAGUUGUAUUAUCUACUAACUGAAUGUUGGAUCUGCCCUAUUUUGUGUAAACGUGCUUCCUGACUUUAGGGUAUAGGCUAUAGCGAUAGGCGACGUUGGCGCAGCAUCAUGGUGUCUGGCGAGUUGGUACAGGAGCAUCUGCGACGUGACAACGCACCUGACGAAAUAGACAUCUCAUGCAAGCGCUCAGUGCAUAACGGGGCAGUCCCAAUAGGGGACCAGUACACCGAUCUAACGAAUGGAUCGGCACAUCUGACAGAACUGGACUCGAAGGCUUUGGAACAAGAGAUCCUUCCAGAUGAGAAGCAGGCUAUGCUUCCUGGAGAGGAAACAUGUAUCGAAACGAAACUCUAUUGGAGAAGAUUCUCCGUUUUAGCUGUUUUCAGCUUUUACUCCCUCGUCAACGCAUUUCAAUGGAUCCAGUACAGCAUCAUCACCAACAUUUUUACCCACUUCUACAAUGUAUCCAGCGACAAGAUCGACUGGCUGUCAAUUGUAUACAUGGUCGCGUAUGUGCCUUUGAUCUUCCCGGCAACAUGGUUACUGGAUAAAAAAGGACUGAAACUGACAGCCCUUAUGGGCGCGGGUUUGAACUGCGUCGGUGCGUGGGUGAAAUGCGCCAGCGUCCGGCCAGAUCUGUUCGGUGUGACAAUGACCGGACAGAUAAUAUGUUCUAUAGCCCAAGUCUUCAUCCUCGGGCUGCCCUCUAAGAUUGCAUCAGUGUGGUUUGGCCCGAAGGAGGUGUCUACUGCAUGUGCCACUGCCGUGCUGGGUAACCAGCUGGGCACUGCCAUUGGCUUCCUGCUUCCACCUGUCCUGGUCCCCAACACUGUGGAAGACCUAGAGCUGAUGGGACACAACAUCAGCGUUAUGUUUUAUUGGACAGCUGUAGUCUCCACUGCUCUCUUCAUCUUGACUGUAAUUGUCAUGAAAGACAGACCCUCACUACCUCCCAGCCAAGCUCAGGCAGUCCUACCUGACUGUGCUCCUGAAGACUACUCCUACAGACAGUCCAUAAUAAACCUGUUCAAGAACAAACCUUUCAUCCUACUGCUCAUCAGUUAUGGGCAGGCAUGGCUCACUGAUAUGAUGUUGUUGUUCUGUAGGUUCUUCAUGACUGGUUACCUGCCGCUUGGCUUUGAAUUUGGGGUUGAAAUUACGUAUCCUGAAUCGGAAGGGACAUCUUCUGGUCUUCUUAAUGCAUUUGCACAGAUCUUUGGGAUUAUUUUCACAUUGAUCCAGGGAAGACUAACAACAGACUACAACCCCCUGGCUGGGAACCUGUUCCUCUGUGUCUGGAUCUUCCUGGGCAUCUUUCUCACAGCCUUAAUAAAAUCAGAACUGAAAAGAAACAACGUCAAUAUGGGCAUGAACCACAGAAAUCUUCAAGCAGUCCCUACCGAGUGCCCUUCAGACAAGCCAACCAAUGGCGUCAAGAUGGAAACUUCAGUCAGCUUUUCCCACGAGACCUCACUUUAAUCCAAAAAGGACAGGGGGGUCAGGUCACUCAACACUACUGAACAUUUCAGAGGCCUACAACACAUUCAACAACAUUUCCUGAGGUUACUUGAAAUCUCCUUUUCUUUGGAUUGUAAACUGUAAUGUGUUAUAAUGUUUGUACUGUAGUGGUUUUAGCCAAGCCAUGAUUUGUUUAUACAUAGGUAAACUAUAAGCACCUAAAUACACCUUUUAACUUCCAAUAGUC